CAUUCCAGUCUGAAGGAAGAAAAGACGAAAUACUGCUUAGUACUAGAAGUGAAUUUUCCUGAAAGCUAAGUUUUUGGUUAUUUAUUGACGUAUCUAUGUUGCAGGUUGUUUGUUUAAGGUUGUUACUGCAUACUCUAAUAGGUGAAUUUUUCAGGAAGCUGAAGUGUUUUUUUUUAAGAAUAGUUUGUUACUUAUUUAAUGACGUAUCAGUUUCAGAUGUUGUGUGUUUAACGUUGAUAUUGCAUAAUCCUAGGUGUGAAUAUUUUAGAAAGCUGAAGUUUCUGUGUAUUUGGGGGGGGGGAUUGUAGGAUAUUUAAUGACGUUGUAUCAGCCACAGAGGUUGUUUGAGUGUGACAUACCGUAUGAAAGGAUGAUUCUAUUUAGUUCGCUUGCGGACUAAAACUACGGAGUAUUCUUUUAUUCUAUUCUGUGAAAUGAAACGGAGUGGAUAACAAGCUAUUGUGGCCUAUUUCAAGUAGCAUUUCUUAACAGACAAGUCAGUCCCUUCGAACUUCAUUUAGCUGUUCUUUUAAGUUUCUACGGGUUUUCUGAGCGUAAAUUCAGGUACUUCACAAUCUUCAAUUUUCCCACAGACGACACGAAUUGCCUCAAACCACAUCAUCGGGAACCGUAAAAUCAUAAAUUUCAGUUGUAGUAACCGGCGACGCUUGAAUCGUUAUGCGUAUUUCGCAGUGAACCCCAUUACAAUCCCAGCCAGAAUGUCCGCGGCGACAAAGGCACGGGGUGUGGCUGCAGUUACCAGCACGGGCGGAGGGAGUUCAGGAGGAAAAACAGUGGUCAAGGGACGCCGUGGAACACUCUACCACCUAUCAUCCACCCUCGAGAAGAAACAGAAGGGUGGCACCACGGCGCUGGACGAUGUAAAAAUCAGGCGACGCUUCGCUACCAGCAGGUACUUCCUGUCGCCUGCCGGCAUUCUCAAGCUGCUCGUCAUUAUUCUGUUUCUGAUAGCCGCGACGCUAUUCCUCAGUUCGGAAUCCUGCCCAAAUACGCCAGAUUGGUACACAUGGCUAUAUCCUCUCGCUAGCUUGGUCACCGUCGUCUCUACGUCCUUCCUGUACGCAAUGUUUAUGCUUGGCAUGGCGGAAGACAAUCCGAGCCUCUGGGUGAAACUGGACAUGGCUGUGACGUUGACGGAGGCUGUGGCAGUGAGCGCCAUCUCGAUCAUCACAAUCACCGAGUGCAAAAAUUCCUCGUUUUUGAGCAACACGGUGCUCGGGCCUCUUGGUUUGACCGGCGCGGCGCUGAUGGCAUUGAGUACGGCCGCUACCUACAUCAUGUGGAGAUAUCGCAGCCAACAGCUCGCCCCCCAGUCCACCCCCGGCACAGACGCUCAACAGAAACCUCGAGUGUCGAUAUUUAUCUGAACAUGUGCAGUGCAUUGUCGUUCCUCAAAUGUUUGGAUUUAAGUUCGAUUUUCGCUCCGGAAGCUGUCGAAGAAGGACUCACAAUCGAAAGGAAUAGGCCUGUUACGUAGCAGACAAAUGGCAUAAGUAAUCUUUAGAGCCUGACAGAGUUAGCUUAGAAGACUGAGACUUAUCUCCCACAACAGAACAACGCACUGCGGUCAUGUCAGAGGCAGAAGAGGAGAGUGAGGACUCCAUUCCAUCAGAUUCUUCUGAAGAGGAUGAUGAGUUGAGGUGGCAGAAAAUAGCCAAGGGACCGGAUGUCCCAUCAGAAUACUGGCACAUUCAGAAGCUCAUCAAGUACAUGAAGGCUGGAAAUCAGACAGCUACUAUUGUGUCACUUUGCUGCCUCAAAGAUCACGACCUCACCACAGAGAUAAACCAGAGUGCCAUAAGGGAUAUUGGUGGUCUCGAAGUGCUGGUCAAUCUACUGGAGACCAAUGAUCUCAAGUGCAAGUUGGGUUCGCUGUCAGUGCUGAGUGAGAUCUCACAGAAUGCAGACAUUCGUCGUGGUAUCACUGAUCUGGGAGCCAUUCCUAUCCUUGUGAUUAUCUUAUCAGACCAAGCUAGGGACCUACAGAUUCUGGCAGCUGAGACCAUUGCUAACAUUGGCAAGAUCCACAAAGCAAGGCGAGGUGUCAGGAAGUGUAAUGGCAUCCCAAAAGUGGUGGAUUUGCUGGAUGUCAGCAAACAUGUCCUCACCACACCAAUCAACAUUCUCUCUCCAGAAGACAAGAAGGAGGUCCAUGUGGCAAAGGCAGGAGCCAAAGCACUUUGGUCCAUCUCCCAGUCCAAGAAAAACAGGGAUGCUAUGAGGAAGGCAGGGUGUGUGCGUCUUCUGGCCCGUCUGCUGAAAUCUGUUCAUGGGGACGUAGUAGUGCCCAUAAUGGGCACAUUACAGCAGUGUGCUUCUGAGAAUGAAUACCAGUUGGCUGUCCAGACAGAAGGCAUGGUCACAGACAUUGUCCAGCAUCUCACAGAUGACAACAAGGAGCUGAAGAAACUUUGUGCUUCAGCCAUAUUCAAGUGUGCCCAAGACUCAAUAACAAGGGAUUUAGUUCGUCAGCAUGGGGGACUGGACCCUUUGGUGAAACUAGCAAAAGAUGUGAGUAUCUGGGAUGACAAGCCUCUUCUAGCUGCAGUAACAGGAGCUAUCUGGAAGUGUGCCAUGAGCGCAGAAAAUGUUCACAGACUGGACGAGCUGAACACAGUUGAAACACUUGUCUCACUUCUCAGUGAUGAGAAUGAGGAGGUGCUGACAAAUACUGUGGGGGGAUUAGCAGAAUGCGCCAAGUUUCCAGAGAACCGAACGGAGAUCCGAACCUCUGGAGGUAUUCCGAAACUCAUUAUGCUUCUCAAUGGGAACUGUGGUCCCAUGUUGGAGAAUGUGUGCCGCGUACUUGGAGAGUGUGCACAUGAAAUGGAGUCAAUGGAGAUCAUUGAUAUGUUGGAUGGUGUGCGCCUCAUCUGGUCACAGCUCAAGCACCCCUCUCCUGCAGUACAAGCAAAUGCUGCAUGGGCAUUGUGUCCAUGUAUACAGAAUGCUAGGGAUCCUGGUGAGAUGGUAAGGAGUUUUGUUGGGGGUUUAGAGCUGAUUUUGAGUCUCCUCAAAUCCACUGACCCAAGUGUGCUGGCUUGUGUGUGUGCAGCCUUGGCAAAGAUUGCACAGGACAAAGAAAACUUGGCAAUCAUCACUGACUAUGGUGUCGUACCCAUGCUGGCACAGCUUGUUGUUAUGGAGGAAGACAUCUUGAAAGAACAUCUGGCUGAAGCUAUUGCACAUUGCUGUGCUUGGGGUGUGAACUGCCAUGAGUUUGGAUGCCUGGGAGCUAUCACACCCUUGGUGAACUACAUGAACUCCAAGGACAAGAAAGUUCAUCGUGCUACUGCCUACGCACUGCACCAACUGUCUGCAGAUCCCUUCAACUGUAUAACCAUGCACCAGAGUGGUGUUGUAUCUUUCCUUCUGGAAACUAUUGGUUCUUCAGACGAGAAGCUUCAGGAGGCAUCUGCAGGUUGCCUCAGCAACAUCAGGAAAUUUGCUCUAGCUGCUAAGAAUAACUACAAACAGUGUUGAUUUUCUCUAUUUCUGUCAAGAAAGUAUCCUUUAACUCUUUUGAUUGAUAUUACUCAGUACCUCCAAUUUUAUUGGAAGGAUCUAUCAAACUCCUUCCAAAAGUCAUGAUUUUUUGGCUUAAUAUUAUUAUUAGUUUUCGGUACUACAUUAUAGAUUCAUACAGAUUUAUUUGUCAUUCAGAAAUGUAUAAUAUACAUGCGUAUAUACAUAAUUUCUGUAUGGUAACACAUGCACAGAAUGUUCAGUAUACUGGAUAUGCUGUAAUAUAAAUCAGCUUCUAUGGUGCAGCAAUGUCACCAUACAAGGCUGCCUCUACAAGAGGAAAGAGAUGAGUAGUGGAUAUAGUCUGUUUAAACUCAGAUGAAAGGGAAAGUGAAAGACUGUAAAGUUUGUUGCAGAGCAAAUGAAAGCACCAUCGAGGUAAAAAGGUAAAGCUCUCCCUAGACUAAAUUGAUCACCACACCAUGAGGCUGUAUGGGGGAUUGGAGAUGUAACCCCAUGCAUUUGGGUCUCAGUCGUAGAUGGAGGUGAAUGGUCACCUUUACACUCCAGUAUUGGGUAGAGUCUGGGUGACACCCAAAGAAAGUCUGGAUGCUUGAAGAGAAUAAUCUCUUGCUCCUGCCAGAAAUGAACCCCAGUCAGUAAAAUUCUAGUAUAAUGAGACCCUGUGGCAAGCAGUGUCCCCCCCUCACCCCCCAGUACAAUUUCUAAGUGUGCUUUUAUUGCAUUGAAUUAUAUAUUAUGUUUAUGAAAAUACUACACUUUGAAAUACCAAAUAUAUUUUGUGGACCCACAGAAGUGGUAAGAAUUUCCAUAUAACUUGCUACAGAGCAUUACUUAAUAUGAUACAUCAUGAAACAUAAUUACAUCUGCAUUGUUAAAUAAGCAUGAAGUGAACCUCUUCUGGGAAAAUUUAUAUACUCUUUUUCAAUACAGUCAAACACUUCUCCCACUUUCAUUCUAAGGGCACAAGUUCCUCAAAAAAUAAGUAAUUUUUUCUAACUGUGUAGCAGCACAAAUGGUAUCUAUAGUUUUGCUUCUGAAGAAUGCCUUUCCCUACAGAAAUUUCUUCAGGAAUGUGUAAACCAAAUCGUCCUUUGGAGCCAUGUCUAGACUGUAGGUUCAUAAUCUGUUGUAGAAAACUUAUUUCUUCAACUUGCCUUAGUGUCUUAGUAGAGUAGAAAAAUGUGUAAGGGAAGAAGAGAAGGAACACUAUUAAUGAAGAUCAGUGAAAACUGUAAUUAAAAAUUGUUAUUAUUGGAAUACAUUCUGCUGUUUGAGAUUUGUAUGUGAAUAUAACAAAUCUGUCAUGUCUGCUGAUCCAUCAUUUUUCUUUGAGAAGGACUGUCCUUGGCUAGAUUUUAAUAUAACUUCAUAUAAAUGUUCUCAGAAAAAUACUGUUACAUGUUAGUAACUAAGCAAAGGUUUUGGACUGGUAAUUGGAUUUACUGAAAUCUUACAACAUGUAACAACCAGUAGCUAUAAUGCUAUUGCUAAUCUACACAUUUUACAAAUUAUCACAGCACACGCUGCUAAGUCUUCUCAGUUCACUAUAUCUUCAUGUACCCAUUACUUGGUGGUGGCCUUCAGCAGUGCAGAUUCCCUUUACUGCUUAUGCACCCAAAAUCUCUUGUUCUCAUUGGCUGGCAACUGACUUGCAAGUAACUAAUGACUCUGUCUACUCUCCGAUGUGUUUACCCAGCUGUCACCUCACAAUGGACCAUGUAAUCAUAUCACAGUAAACCAAAAUAUACAUUCUGACUGCAUCAUAUUAAACCCAGAGUUAAUCUGUGAGUUCAUUCCAUUUAACAUGCCAAUAAAUAUUUUAGGCAUGUGUGAGAAUGACUUCUUUAGUUCCAAACAAGAAUUUGCUUACAUUUCUAGAAUUGAAACAAUAAUGAGAAAUUUCUCUAACAGAACAUUUUUUUCUCUCUAAAAGUUCAUAACAGAAGACAUUUUUCACAGUGCACGGAAGCAUACUAUAGCAUUUACUCAAAUGGAUUGUGAUUCCAAAUGUAAGAUGAUCCCACCCUAGGAAACAUGUCUGCACAGAAGUAAUUUAAUUAAUUAUUUUCAUAUCCCUACUAUAGACAAACGAAAAAAGUAAACAUUACAAAAUGUGUUAGACCUGACCUAUUGUGUCCUAUAGUGAUUUGUGAAGUGUGUAGAACAGAGCAUAAUCCUUACUUGUAGUUGUGAGUUGUAAGA